AAAUAGAGGGGUCAGCUGUCAGUAUUAUACGUACAAUUUAUCCGUGUUUUCCAGACCCUUUAUUUAUUCCAAUACUUAUCUCGCCCCAUUCGCCACAAAACGCACAAAAGCCGACGCGAAUAUCUGUAUCUCUGGUCUCUGCUUCUCAAGUUUUUUCGCAGGUUCUGCAAUGAAGGGAGGUAAAUCCAAAGCCAAGCUCGAUAACAAGCUCGCCGUGAAGAAAGGUAAUACGGAUAAGAAGAAACAGAAGGCUGCCAAGGAUCCAAAUAAGCCGAAGAGGCCUCCCACUGCCUUCUUCGUUUUCAUGGAGGAGUUCCGCAAGACGUUCAAGGAGAAUAAUCCAGGGAACAAAUCCGUAUCCGUUGUCGGUAAAGCUGGAGGAGUCGAAUGGAAAAAUAUGUCUGAGAGUGAUAAAGCUCCAUACAAAGCAAAAGCAGAUAAAAGGAAGCGUGAAUACGAGAAGACCAUGGAGGCCUACAAUAACAAAGAGACUGUUGCCCCGGUGGAGGAAGAGGAAUCUGACAAGUCAAAGUCUGAAAUACACGACAACAAUGAAGAUGAAGACAGUGCCGAGGAAGGCAGUGUAGAGGAGGAUUAAGAAAUUCGUUGGAAGGAAUUGUCGUUGGCUCACUCGUGGCCGUAUAUCUAUGAUGAUCUAUCUAUAUACUGCACUAGGAAUAUUUUCUAGACCCUCAUGACCUUAUCAGCCUGCAUUAAAAAAAUGCUUAUGCACUUUCCGUUGCUUUCUCCGUUAGAAUUACUUUUACUUACACCGAGUACAAAAAACGCUUAUGUACUGUUAACUUGCUUUUCCCCAUAGUUUUAUUCUUUAUAGUGUGAUUCUUAUCAAGUACUACGAACAUUAUAGGCCGAGGCCUAGAUGGGGGUUAAUGCUAACUUCCCCUUGUGAAUUCUGAUGAUAGUUUUAGUUUUUACAAAGAAUAGAAUGCUCUUCCUCAUUUGAGCCAGAAUUUCCCUUUAUCGUACUAUCUAAUAUCUAUGUUUAAAGAUACAAAAUGGCAUUUAACAUU